AUGCUCCAACGGCUGUCGGUAUCCAUUAAGCAUAAUGCGCACAUUAUUUUUUUAUGCAUAAGUUGGUAUUUUAUUUCCUCGUUGGCAUCUCAAGUAACUAAACAGGUGCUAACGGUUUGCCCGUUACCAUUGUUUCUGGGCGAGUUUCAGUUCAUUUAUACUGCAAUUCUAGCAUGGCUUACGUGUUAUAUUGCAUAUAGAUAUCCAGGAUUUUAUCGAAUAUUUCCUAGGGGUACAUUUCCAGAAUACUAUAGUUACGACAGAGAAACAAACCAUAUGAUGAGAAAGCCAUCAAAGUUAAUAACCCUUAUUAUAGCGCCAUCUAAACCAAUUCUACAGACAGUUUUACCUUUAGGACUUUUCCAAUUUGUCGGAAAAUACUUCGGACAUACAGCUACCUCUUUGGUGCCUGUGUCUACUGUUGCCAGCAUAAAAACACUAUCUCCCAUGUUUAUCCUUUUACUUCAAAAGAUUUUGAAGAUUUCCACUUUGAAAGUUACCUUUACUCUUAUCCUUAGUUUAUGCACCCUAGUUCUUGGAGUUUGGAUUAUAGUUCAGGAAGAUAACCGUUCACCGCCCUCUUCCAAUGACCUGAAAGAAUUCUCUAAGUAUGGUAUAAUAUGCGCUAUGAUAUCGAUGUUCAUUUUUGUCUUGCAGAAUAUAUACGGCAAAACCGUAUUUACAUACAAAUCCCAAACCGAUGAUUCUCAAAAUAAUUCAGGAUUCUCUCGACAAGAAUCACCUUUACCCAUUUAUGAAAAGCUGGAUGAAAAACUAGUCGCAAAAAACAAUCCCAAAUCAUAUGACAAAUUAACUUUAAUGAUUUAUAUUUCCGUCGUUGGUUUCUGCUUAUCGUUUGGCUGGUUUAUCACCCUAGAAUUUCCUGUAUUAUUCAAAUAUUUUUUUCAAAUUGACACUCUAUCCCCAGUCAUACAAGCAUUCCCGGUAUCAUUAUUUUUAUUAAAUGGAACGUUCCACUUUAUCCAGGCAAUGAUUACAUUUCACUUAUUAGGUGAGAUAUCGACCCUAACAUACUCAAUAGCUAACCUGAUGAAACGGUUUGCCAUCAUUGCUGUUAGUUGGAUUUUCAUUGGAAGAAGAAUUACUAUGCUACAAGUUUCUGGUUUAGUUUUGAAUACAUUAGGGCUAUUUUUGUAUGAAAGAUGCACAUCACAAUCUAAAACUAAAGUAAAGUUACGUCCCGAGUAA